AUGGUCUGGGCCGAGCUUUCACAUACUGGCGUGCCUUGUGCCUCGCUCCGCCUUCCACACGCUCUCGAGGCGAGCAGAGCUCUGGAGGCCGUCCUGGUCGCCCUCCGCGCAGCAGACACAGUGCCGGUGGUUGACUCGGAUGCUGCCGAGCUGCGGGUCUACGGCCUCAACGAGAUGGCGCUGGAAAACGCUGCUGCCCAACUCGCUCCCAUGGGCUUCGCCCUCGGCUCGCCCAGAGCUGUCCCGCUCGACUCGCCCGAGUUUGUGGCUGGCUUGGCGGCCGCGCUUCCGAUGCGCGUCGCUGAGAUCCUUGGCGACGGCCAUGCGCCGCUAGGUGGCUACGUUGUCGGCGACAUGCUUGGCGCGGCGAGGCCCGGUGAGGCGUUCAAAGGUGUGCCUGCUCUGGCAGUGUCAUCGGUUGUCGAUGUCGCGACCGGCGCGGUUCUGCUGGUCCUUACCCCAGUCCGCCUCGGCGUCUCAAAGUGGGUGAAUGAUGCGGCUUCACGCGACGUCAUUGUUGCCCCACUUGCGCUCCGCGCUGUAGUGCAGAAGAGAUGGAGUGAUGGCCGGGUCGAGGUUGUCUUUGAUGACCACGUGACAAGCGUCGUUGACGAGUCGGUGCUGUUUGCGGUCGAUGCCCAGGCAGUCCUUGCCCACGGCAAGCCACCGAUUCUGGGCACCAAUCUUGGCCCGAUCCGCGACACCUUUUCACCUGUACUUGACCCGCGACUGGCAAGUCACGGUCGAGGCAUCCUCCCGCUGCCGUACACCACCAUGCAGUCGUUCACGUCGUCUCGCCUCAAGUCGAGCCGGCCUGGCUCGGCCCGCUCGCGCCGCACACCCGGAACUUCCAGUCGCCCGACCACCCCGGGCACCGCCACCAUGACCUCGCCUGCUCCACUGGGGAGCGAUGCGUGGAAUGCUAGCGAGGCGAUCAGUAGCAAUGGGCAAGAGGAUGGCAAGAGAAAGGACAAGGACAAGGACAAGGCCAAGAGCAAGGACAAGGCCAAGAGCAAGGACAAGGCCAAGAGCAAGGACAAGGCCAAAGCAAAGGCGAAAGCAAAGGCGAAAGCAAAGGCGAAAGCAAAGGCGAAAGCCAAGCGCGCGCUUUCUCGAGGCGAUCGCCCGGCAAAGCGGGCAAAGCUUCUGGACAAUUCUGCGACAAACCAGGCUGGCAAGCGAGCAGGCUCAGGGUCGUACUCAUCGUCAUCGUCGUCAUCGUCGUCCUCGUCAUACGACUCGUACUCGGACUACGAGUCGUACAAAGAUGGUGGAGACGCACCGGCAGUCGGCGCCGGACUGUCAGACCUGGGUGGGGCUGGAGACGAUGUGGCAAGCGUAGGCAUGACCGACCUCACAGGGCCCGUCUUCAACCUCGGGCACCAGUUGGCACGCGAGCCGUGGCUCUCAGCUGCUCUUCUGUAUGAGCUGAGCCGGACUCGCGACACGGUGGUGAAGCAGACGGCGGCAUCGCUGUGGGUGGCUGCCGCCAAGCUGACAUCGAGCACGCCAUCAGGUAGAGGCGGCGAGGCGAGCCACGCCAAAGCUGCAUUGCUGCAACACCACCCUGUUCCGUCGUCGGUUGUCGACGUCAGCGUUUACGCGCCGAUCCUGGGCGAGGUGAUGGCCAGGAUGGAGCCGCAGGCUCGGGCACGGUUGUUGCCUGCUCUCGGCUCUGCGGUCGAGGCCCAAGUCCGGAUGCUGUUUGCACCUUACCCGCUCGCCGGAACGCUGGGCCGCUCAACGACAGCCGUCGGAUGGCAGACUGCCGCCAAGCAGAUCGCGCAGGCGGCGCCGUCAAGCGGCGCCACCAGCGCAAUGCACAACCCGGACCCCACAUGUGGGCCAGUCACCGUUGGCUACGCAGAGAGCUGGAUCGAGACCGAUCCCAACUUGCUUGAGCUCUGGUCGUCGGCAAUGCUGGAGCCGCUCGCUGGUGCUGUAGGCGCACGGUAUGUGGUGCUAGCGCCGUCCGCUGAAUCGCUUUGGCGGCGGGCACUGGCACUCGGUCGGAAUGCCGCCUGCGAGUACGAGACCGCGCGGCUGGGCACUCUAGCUCCGAUUCAGCUCGACGCGCCGGGGCUCUCCAGUGCGGGAGGCGUUGCAACACUUGAGACUGGGAGCGUCGAUGACUACCUCAAAUCGCUGAGUACUGCACUUGGUGCAGUUCGGGGUGCCGAGACAGGCGGUGAGCCUGCUGUUGUCCUUGUGGUCAACGCCUUCCCCGAGGCGAUGCUGCCAGCGGCGAAGCUCUGGGCCUGCAUCGGUGCCGCGGUAGGGGACCAGGCCGUGGUGCGAGUUGUGCCGCUGGCGGCAGUGUGCGAACCGAGCAGCGGCAAGUAUGCCCUCGCUCUGGCGCACGAUGUGUACGCCAGCGUGGGUGCGAGCUCGCCACGUGCGUGUGGCGGCGGCCUGGUGACAGACCACUGGCGCCCGGCAAUCGCCGCUCCUACGCUCCGCGACCGUGUUGUCGUCGUUGCUGUUGCGGCCACCAUCCGGUCUGGCCAAGUCGCUGUCGUCGCUACCGACGGUGAGGGCACUCUCGCCGUUCACGGUGUUGUUGCCGCCGCAAACUGCGGCGAGCUGGCGCCGGCUCUUGUGGCCAAGGUCGCUGAGGCCAAGUGGCAGCCUGGCUCGGCCUUUACCGCCGUCGCUGUUCAGGCUGCGCAGCGCGGCGGCUCAACAGGCCUCCCAAGCCUCGCCUCACUCGACUUUGGACGUGAUUGCCAGCAUUGCACCGGCGCCGUCUUUGUAGGCGGUCACGUCGUGGCUGUCAAGCCUGAAUCCGACGCAGACCUUGUCUCUCGGCUCCUCGCACCGCGGCCGUCGCCGAGCACGCCAACCGUGACCACGCCGCAGCCGCCCCUCGUCGCCCUCCUCGAUCACCUCGCGGUUCUCGGCUCUGUGGCGUGAUAAAGUCUCGACUUGUGACAGUAUGCAGCCUCUGAUCGAGACAGGCGAGUCGAUGUGAACAGGAGAGGAAACAUGAAC